UGCUUAUAGGCAGGGGCGGACUGACCAUUUGGAAACUCGGGCGCCGCCCCGAGGGCCCGGGGUCAGUAGGGGGCCCCAUGAGAUGCCCCUGGUACCUUUUUUAUAGGCUUUUUUGAGUUUGGGCAAGGACACAGGUGCCCCAUGAUCCCCUAUUGCCCGGGGGCCCCAUGAGUUGUCAGUCCGCCCCUGCUUAUAGGUCUGCCAAUCCUGGCUGCAGUCAUAUGUUCCUGAAUACAUAUGGCACUAAAUGGAAGUACUACUAUAUGAUCUCAGGGAGAAAG